AUGCUGCAGAACAAUGUGAUGGCAUACUGGAUGGCCUCACGGGGAUACACCACUAUCCAGCAGAACAACUAUCCUACUGGCAUCUAUGCAACUGCUAUUGCUGGUACAAUCUUCUAUGCAAUAAUAUCAGACAAAUUGCAAUCUCGCUGGGAGGUCUCCAUUGCAAUUGGGUUGACCUUCAUCAUCGGGUCGGCGAUUCUCGUGUCUAGUCCUUCGACAGAUGCCGGAUACUUCGUGGCAUUUUACCUGCUCGGAACCACUUUCGCGCCUCAAGCGGUUUGGUAUUCUUGGAUGGCUGAUGUCACCAGCUCAGACGUACAAUUGCGAGCUAUAACCACUGGCUUCAUGAACUCGUUCGACUUCGCUUUUGUAACUUGGUGGCCGCUAGUAUUCUACGCUGCUACCGAUGCCCCUAAUUUUCACAGAGGUUAUAUUGCAAGCUUGGUGACGGGGACAUUGACCCUGCCAUUUAUAGGCUUGAUUGCCUAUCUCGAGAAAAGAGAUCGAGCACGAGGCGUGAUUGGAAGAGUUGCGUUCGAGAGCCCGGCCAGUGACGACGAUCGUGAUGGGCGCGAUGACGAUUCAGGCAAACUUGUGGACACACCAGUUAAUGUACGGUCGUCCGAGGUCAGUGUGUAG